UGUUCCCCCUCUCCUGCGCCGUGCAGAACUACUCCUGGGGCAAGGUGGGGCUGGAGAGCGAGGUGGCCAAGCUGCUGGCCAGCAGCGACCCCCUGGUCCAGAUCCAGCCCGACCAGCCCUACGCGGAGCUCUGGAUGGGUGCCCACCCCCGGGGUGAUGCCGUCAUCCGGGACAACCGCAUCCCUCAGAAGACCCUGGGCCAGUGGAUCGCUGACAACCCCGCCUGCCUGGGGGCCAAGGUGAAGGACGCCUUCCAGGGCCACCUCCCCUUCCUCUUCAAGGUGCUCUCCGUCAACACCGCCCUCUCCAUCCAGGCGCACCCCAACAAGGAGCUGGCGGCGAAGCUGCACGCCCAGUUCCCCCAGCAUUACCCCGAUGCCAACCACAAGCCCGAGAUGGCCAUCGCUCUCACCCCCUUCGAGGGCUUGUGUGGCUUUCGGCCGGUGGAGGAGAUCGUCUCCUUCCUCCAGACCGUCCCGGAGCUGCGGGCGCUGAUCGGGGAGGUGGCGGCGGAGCAGCUGGAGCGCAGCGGGAGCGACGACCCCCGGGGGGUCUCGGCCGCCCUCCGUGUCUGCUUCACCCGCCUGAUGAAGAGCGAGAAGAAGUUCUUCGUCGACCAGCUCAACAUGCUGGUGAAGCGCAUCUCCCAGGAAGCGGCGGAAGGGAAGGACACCUCUGGGAGCAACGGGGACCUGCUGCUGCGCCUGCACUCCCAGUACCCGGGGGACAUUGGCUGCUUCACCAUUUAUUUCCUCAACCUGGUGAGGCUGGAACCGGGGGAGGCCAUGUUCCUGGGAGCCAACGAGCCCCACGCCUACCUGCAGGGAGACUGCGUGGAGUGCAUGGCCUGCUCGGACAACACGGUGAGGGCCGGGCUCACCCCCAAAUUCAUCGACGUCCUCACCUUGUGCGAGAUGCUCAACUACACGCCGGCGCCCAGCAGCUCCAAGAUCUUCCCGGCCACCCAGAGCCAGCUUGACCCCAGCGUCUACCUCUACGACCCCCCCGUGCCUGACUUUGCCAUCAUGAAGAUAGAGAUCCCUUCCUCCAUCAAGCUGUACCUCGUCUCGGCCGUGGACUCGGCCAGCAUCUUGCUGGUGAUCCAAGGGACGGCCGUGGGCACCUCCACGGCGGCGGCCUCCGAAAUGACUCUGCGCCGCGGCUCCGUCCUCUUCAUCUCGGCCAACGAGAGCAUCUCCCUCCACCUCUCCUCGCCCGACGGGAUGCUGCUCUUCCGAGCCUGCUGCCUCCUCUGAGAGCCACCCGGGAC